AUGUCUCUCAAUGGGUUAGAUGAUCCCGCCGUCAUCGAGUCCUACCAGGCUUCACUUGCUGAAGCUGGAGGAUGGUUUCUGCUCAAAUAUAUCACUCGGGAUACAGUCGCCCUCCUGGCUCGUGGGACGGGAGGAGUGGCUGAGAUCAGAAUCACCAUCGAUGGCUACGAGGAAAUAUCCCCCCUUUACGGGUUUCUACAGUAUCGUCGGAGGAAGAUAAUAUUAAAAUAUGUCCCCGAAGGGAUCUCAAGGUUGAUCCAAGCACGAAUAACGGUCCAAUUCCAGUCCAUAUUGGACAAGUUCACACCCAACGAUGCCGUCUUCUCCCUGGCCCUUUCGUCGGAAUUGACAGAGAGUGCCCUCUCCUCUGCUUGUCUACUCCAUACCGCAUCUGGUUCUAUGACCUCCUCGUCCAGCUCUCUGCUUCGUCAAAAAUUGGGUGAAAUUACUGAAGAUGUAGAGGAAUGUGCUAGCCCCAGGGAAGAAACACAUGCGCAUCUCAACAAUGGGAAUAUAAGUCGACGCGAAAGCGUUUUCAGUAGGACAUCGGAGGCAACUGCUGUACCAAGCCACCAUCAUAGGGCCCAGGGGUCCACAGAUACUUCUAAAACUCAUAUCUCUUUACAACCUUCUCGAAACAAUGUGUCCGAUUCCGGAGCUGAUAAACCCUUGCCUUCUAUUCCUCGAAAUUGCAGUGAUAGCCAGUCGAAUGGCCUUGGGCAAAGGCACCUUUUUGACUCGCUAGCGUACUCCCCUCCUGAUUCGCGAAAAUCUUCGCAGUCGACUAGACCAUCCUUACGGGAUCUGGAUUCAAUAAGUGUGUGUCGUCCGAAGGUUAAGUUAGGUCCCCGGCCUUCGAUAGAUACAAGUGGACGACCACGGACGGCGGGAUCAAUAGGCAGAUCGAACGACACUCGUCCCGUUGCCUCACUACCUGCAGGGGUUAGGACGUCUACUCGAAAAACCGGACCUUCUGCAGGACGUCCCAAAUCCCAGCCGGACAUCCAUGUUCUACGACUUCACCCAUUGGCGGUUCCACCUGUGCCACCACUACUGAUGCCGCCUCCGUCGUUCAACCUUGGCCCUACGUCGAGAAAUGCUCUAGGUUCCCCGAGAUCGGUUGUGAGCGUGCCAAUAACAUUUUCAAUGACCCCUGAAAAGCAGAGGUUAAUGCGAGCGUUGGAAUUGCGGAAGAAACAAAGGGAAAGCCGUGGAGAAAAAAAUGAAAAGAAGCAGGAUGUGCCUAUUAAUGGGCCAGAGGAAGCAGUGGAGAACAAAGAGAACAUACAUAUUGUAGAGACUGAAUUAACUACCCACCCAGAACCGACUGAACCUCUCUCCAUCGAAACAGAUACCGAGUCUCAUACUGAAUCCACCCCAGGGUGCCAACGUCAGCAACACCCGCCAUCUGUCAUUCUGAUCAACGAGAAGAUCCCAACACCUCCGUCGCCCGAUCCUUCAAACUCCGAUUCAGCUGUAGAUGUCGGAGCUACAAAACCCGCCAACGAUCAACCUGCGUCCUCAUUUGCCCCUCAUAUGACCACUCCUUCAUCUGAUUCAACGGAAAGAAAUUUUCCAACACUUGUGGGAGCAGACAAGUGUGGAGGUGUGGAGGAAGACAAAGUUGAAGAAGAGACUUGGGGAUCUAACCAGGCUGAUCCACAAGUUGUGGAGACCAGUGCCUCCAAUGAUACACAAAUACAAACCUCGAAUAACGAGAGUGAAAUAAAACAUGUUGCUGAGUCAACCGACGCCCCAACUGGGGGGCUUAAAGUCUCCGUAGUUGAGGUUCCUUCUGAUUUGCGCUCGCCGGAGGCCACCCCAAGGGCAGUCCUAGCAACAUCUGUAAACGACACAUCUCCAGAUUCUCAAUCCGCGCCUACAACAUCUGAAAUGAUGCCGACCGACACAUCCCAAGGGUCUCUACAAUCUAGCACCCGGACCGCGUCAGUUGUCCCACGCAAAUCCACGGAAGACAUAUCUAUAACAUCAAUAUCUGCCGCUGGUGAUAACGAUAUGUCAAAAUUUUAUCAAUCUUUAUCCGGACAAGAGGCAUCCGCAUCCGUUGAUAUAAAGAGCAGGCGCAAAGGUGUCAUUCAUCCUAUUCAUAUUGCAACGCAACUGGAUGAGUCGGACGAGGAACAUCUGUUGUCUGAUGACUCCUUCAUGGAGGAAUUGGGAAGUGCUACAGUUCAACAAGCGAAGCCAAUAGCGGUCCCGAAAACCCCGACCUUCGUAAAAAACGGAGAGUUGAAUACACCUGCAGAUUGGAGGGGAUCCAGAGCUGUUUCUAACCCGACCAAAUCAGGAAAUUCUGGAUCAGACGUGCAAGCCCUUCCCAUUGGCAGAUCUGCAUCUGGCUCUUAUUAUGAAAAUCAGAAGGCGGUUCCUGUCCUUGUCGCAAAAAAAGUAAAUGUUUCCUCGGGGAUCUCAAAACGUAUCAAGGCGCUGGAAAUGUUCUCCAGCCGCGAAGGUCAGCAACCUUCUUUGGCGCCGAAGCCUCCCCUUCCAUCAACUGAUUCCUCAAUAUCACCAUUUGAAAAAUUUCGCAAACGGACGUCUAUCUCCCAACCAGGCCUACCACCUGCAGCCUCGAUCAGAAGCAAAUCUCCCUCAUACACUCCAUCCCCUACGUCUCCCAAGGAACGUUCCCGUUCUCCCAAUCCCCCAAUACGGGUUGAUAGCCUGUCAACAUACAGAGGAAAGUCUACUUCGGUAUCUGUGACUGCUCGCAUAAUCCGGGAUCCAACUGCACCUUCAAGUGAAUCUCUCGUGAACCCGUCGGAACCCAAUGUCCUAAACCUCCAACGCAGCCCUCUUAUUGUUGAGAGUGAUGUCCCCGAAACUCCACGUCGUCUCUCUACUUCAACCAUCUCACGGCCAGAAAAACGGAGGCUCUCUAAUUCAUCAAGCAUCGGAUCGGGUCGAGCUUCCACAGCUACUGGUGUUCCCCGCUCGGAUUCUAUGUCAAGCAGGCUCUCCGUAUCAUCUCGAUCGAAGCAUGAAGGACACAAUCCUCAUACUUCCGCCGAUUCUCCCUAUGGCCCUCUUGACCGUGUCGAUGAGGCUAAAGAGGAAAAGAAGACGUCCAGGAAGUCACGCAUUAUCCGCCGCAUGUCCUCAAUCACCUCCAGUUCACGACGAGGUAUAAUAAACGCCCUCAGUCCAACCUUGAAAGAAGAGGAUUCCCAGCUGGCCUCUCUAAACGACGAAGAUGCAACCACAGAGCCUCCGCAAGUGAUCGAUAUUGGAGAAGUUAACGUACAAUUCCCAGACACUCUUCUCUGGAAGCGAAGAUUCAUGCGCAUAGAUGACCUGGGUUAUCUCAUUCUGACUCCUGGGACUAUCGAUGGCAUUGCGCGAAACAUUGUUAAGCGGUAUCACCUCUCUGAAUUCCGGACGCCGUCUUUGCCCGAUCAAGAUAGACAGGAGCUCCCUAAUAGCAUUGUGCUGGAUUUCCUAGAUGGUAGCACGUUGCAAUGUGCGUGCGAGUCGAGGCAGGGACAAAAUGCUAUCCUUCAGAUUCUUUUGGAGGCUCACCGGUCUUAUCACCAAGUCUUUCCUCAGCAGGAAUCAUAA